AUGAUUGAAGAACCAAAGUCUUGGGGGACUGGUCCUGCAGACGCUUUAGCUGCUGGUGUUAAGCGUGCACUUGAACUGUUACAGGUAUUUAAAGUGAAUGCACCUCUGCCUCCACGUAAAGACCAAGAAGUUAAAGAGGAUUCUUCAUAUUCAACGGGAUAUAACCAGAGUUUCUCUACAGCAAGUACACAGACUCCUCCUCAGAGCCAGUUGCAAUCUUCUCAUGUUGCAGAACAAACCUCUCUUUCACAAGAAUCUCUCUCUUCAGGAGUGAAUUAUCAACCUGAUGGAGCUGUUUCUGUUAGCAAUGGUAGCCUUGCCUUUUAUCCAGCGCAGACAAAUGUUAUUCCCAGACCCCCUCAGCCUUACCUUAACAGUCGUGGGUCUGUCAGAGGAUCUGCUAGAGGUGGAAGGUCUCUGACCAAUUCAUAUCGUUCCCCUGGUGGAUACAAAGGUUUUGAUGCUUACAGAGGGUCACCUUCAAUAACUAAUGGCACCUAUGGCCAGCUCCAGUUCCCUGCUAGAGAUUAUGCUGGAAUGCCAUAUUCUCAGAGAGAUGUUAAUUACCAGCAGUGCUAUAAACGAGGUGGAAUAACUAGUGGUCCACGAGCAAAUUCAAGAGCAGGGUGGAGUGAUUCUUCUCAGGUGAGCAGUCCAGAACGAGACAAUGAAACCUUUAACAGCGGAGACUCUGGGCAGGGAGACUCUCGCAGCAUCACACCUGUUGAUAUGCCAGUGACAAGCCAAGCUGCCACUAUACUACCAGUGCACGUCUACCCCCUCCCGCAGCAGAUGAGAGUUGCCUUCUCUGCAGCUAGAACAUCAAACCUGGCCCCUGGAACUCUAGACCAGCCAAUUGUGUUUGAUCUAUUGCUGAACAACCUUGGAGAAACAUUUGACAUCCAGCUUGGUAGAUUCAAUUGUCCAGUGAAUGGUACUUAUGUCUUUAUCUUCCACAUGCUGAAGCUGGCUGUAAAUGUUCCCCUGUAUGUGAACCUCAUGAAGAAUGAAGAGGUCCUAGUGUCAGCAUAUGCAAAUGAUGGGGCUCCUGAUCAUGAAACAGCCAGUAACCAUGCAGUCCUGCAGCUGUUCCAGGGAGAUCAGAUCUGGUUGCGUCUGCAUCGGGGAGCCAUUUAUGGAAGUAGCUGGAAAUACUCUACUUUUUCGGGAUACCUCCUUUAUCAGGACUAAAAUACAGUGCAAUGUUUACAAAAAAGCUGCUCCAAACACCUUGGUGGAGGGGGGGGAUUGGGACUAGCUUUGCACUUACUACUGACUUUAUAGAAGAUGUGGUUCCAUUAUUGGGGGAAAUGAUGGUCCUGUUGUGCAAGGUGAAAUCAUGGAGUUGGGGUACUGAAUCAGCACUAAUUUGGCACUUUAUCAGUUGUGAUGUAGCCUUGCUAGUAAAGCUGUGAAUGUAUAUUGUUUGCACUUACCCUAAACUGUAUUAAUGUCCAGCUUACUACACUAUUGAUUGCCUCAAGUAUGGGCUAUUCACAAUGCCUUGUUGUGCCUCAAUAAAACAAGUUAAUAUGCAUUUUAGUAUUAA